AUGUACGCGCUCGUUGACCGCAAAGAUGCCAAGCAGGACGCGUCGCUGCCGCCGCCGUCAUCCUCGUCUCCCCCUUCUACCACCAAGCGCGUCCUCCUCGUCCUCCUCCUUGUAACCGUCGGUCUCACCGCCAGCCUCGUCCUCGUCCGCUUUAUGCGCAGCGACUCCUUUCACCACGUCGUGCUCUGGCUCCAGACGCACGAGACACUGGGCGCGGUCCUCUACGUCUGUUGCUUCACAUUGUUCGUCGUGCUUUGCUUCCCUUCCACGGCCUUUGAGCUGCUCGCUGGCUACGUCUUUGGCUUCUCUCUCGGGUUAGUACUCGCUACAACGGGCAAACUCGUGGGCUCCGUGCUCUCGUUCGUCAUUGGCCGCCACGUCUGCCGUCGCCAGGUCCACGUCUACAUGUCGCAGGGCCACCCCGCACUCCGUGGAUUUCAAAGUCUAUUGCGGAAACGCCAGAUCCUCGUGGUCUUUCUGACGCGUGUCGCAUUUUUCCCCAUUGCUCUCAAAAACUACGGCCUGAGCGUGCUCGACGUGACGUUUCCCGUCUACUUUGCCGCUGCGGUACUCACAGGGCUGCCGUUCUCUGCCAUCUGGGUCUACUCGGGCCACGCGGUCGAGAAUGUCGCGACGCUAUUGGCGAGUCCGUCGACGUCAGGACACGGGACCGAGAUGAUUGUGCUCGUCGUGGGAGCCGGCAGCGCGUUGUUGCUACUGGGCGUUGUGGGCAUUUACACGCGCAAGUACGUGCUAGAAAUGGCACAGGAAGAAGAAGAAGAAGAAGAAGAGGAGGAGGAGGAAGCCGUGGAGAAAGAAGCGCUGUCGGGCGCGACGGUGUAA